AUGUCGCUGAUUUUCAAUCUGUUCGCAGAACUCUCAGUUGAAGAGGAAGAAGAUCACAAGGCUCGCUUCAUCUUCUCCUCAUCUCCACGUAAGCAAACCCCUUAUAUGAUACUUGAAGGCAACAAAGUAGGAGAUCAGUCUUGUUCAGAAGAGGAAAAAAUCAUUGUGAAAUUCAAGUUAUUGGAUCUUAACAAGGAAGAGAUCAUCCAUGUUACCCACAAGGCAUUUCCAAAGUUGUUGUACGAAGAGUCACGAGUCAUUGGAAGCUCUCGUGGCUGGACAGCUUUUAUGAGCAAACAUGAUGGAACUGUACGUCAAAGCGACGUGUUGACCAAUCUCGUGUCCUCAAGAGUCAUUAUACUGCCUUCGCUUUCUGAUCCUUUGCGUCUUAGAUCCAGUGCAAUCAUAAGUAUCUCCAUAUCUUCUCCUCCUGAUGAAGAUGACGGUUACGUAGUGUUCGUCAAGUUCUUAGGCCCUGACCUCUAUUACUGUAGGCCUAAUCGGGUCUCGCAAUGGAUGAAGGUCGAUAUGAUUUAUCAAUCACAUAUAAACUUACGUCAUGUCAUUUAUUCACAAGGAAGCCAAAUGUUGUUCCUCGUGAUAACAGGAGCAAGUUUCUUGCUUUGUUAUGAUGUUAAUAUGAAGGAAAGGUAUAGGAGGCUGCGUCUGAUCAACUACCCAAAGAUGGCACAGUCCGAGUCGGAGUUAUUGGCUUUGUGUUCCAAGACGGACCAAUUGGCUGAGUCAUCAUGUGGAAAAUGUUACAUCGUGAGACGGUACGAGUCAUCAAACUGA